AUGGGUUCAUUACACAUUCAACAUGAUGGCCAUAACGCCGAAGUGGAAAAGAUAAGAGAAGAAGAGUAUCCCAUGCUGAAAGACUCCAUCUACCUCGACCAUGCCGGCACCACCCCCUAUCCCAAGUCCCUAAUGGACCGUUUCGCCCACGAGAUGACCACCAACCUCUUCGGCAACCCUCAUUCCGCCUCGGCCUCCUCCCAACUAUCCACCCAGCGCAUCCAAGACAUCCGUCUCCGAGCCCUGCAGUUCUUCAACGCCGACCCAGCCGACUUCGAUCUCGUUUUUGUUGCGAACGCCACAGCUGGUAUCAAGCUGGUCGUCGAUACCAUGCGAUGUCUCCCCACGGGCUUUGACUAUGCCUAUCACCAAGCCAGCCACACCAGCCUAGUUGGAGUUCGGGAAGAAGCCAGAAGUAGUGUUUGUCUGGAUAAUCGACAGAUGGAGGAUUGGCUAGUAGGGGAUUGCCCUUUGAAAGAGGAGGAAGAAGAACAAAGGCCGAUCCUAUUUGCAUACCCAGCUCAGUCAAACAUGGACGGCCGUCGCUAUCCCAUUUCUUGGUCUUCCCAAGUUCGGCACAGCGAGGAAACCGAAACAAUCCGAAACCGAAAAACAUAUACCCUCCUAGACGCCGCCGCCCUCGUCUCCUCAUCCCCUCUUGACCUCAGCAACGCCCAAACAGCACCCGACUUCGUCGUUUUCUCUUUUUAUAAAAUAUUCGGCUUCCCUGACCUCGGCGCAUUGAUCGUCCGCAAGGAUUCCCAGGAUAUCUUUGCUUCAAGACGGUACUUCGGCGGUGGAACGGUUGAUAUGGUCGUCUGUCUAAAAGAACAAUGGCACGCUCCAAAAGAUGGAUUUCUCCAUGAAAGACUGGAGGAUGGAACGUUACCGGUACAUAAUAUCAUAGCGCUGGAUGUCGCUAUGGAUGUGCAUAGGGAGUUGUUUGGGAGUAUGGAAAAGGUGGCUGCGCAUACGGGGUUUCUUGUGAGGAGGUUAUAUCGGGGUUUGGAAGGGUUGAGGCAUGCAAAUGGGGAGGAGGUUUGUACCAUUUACUCGCCCGAUCCUGAACUGGAACAAACAGGGCCAACGGUGGCGUUCAACAUCCACAACUCGCAAGGGACGUGGAUCAGUCUCGCAGAAGUGGAAAAAUUAGCGAUGCUAAAGGGGAUACAUAUCCGUACCGGAGGGGUGUGUAACCCCGGCGGUAUCGCCUCUGCUUUGGGCUUGGAGCCAUGGGAGAUGAAGCAGAACUUUUCCUCGGGGUUCCGGUGCGGAACAGAUAAUGAUAUCAUGGGCGGGAAGCCGACGGGUAUCAUAAGAGCGAGUCUGGGGGCGAUGAGUACGAUAAAAGACGUGGCCGGGUUUGUGCACUUUAUGGAGGAAUUUUAUCGCGAGGAUACACUACCAGUAUCACUACCGGUCUUACCUUCGCCAGACUUGGACUCGGAUACGAAACUUCAGCUCCAACCACCAUUACAAAACACACCCGAGCUUGUCGUGAAAAGCAUAACAGUCUACCCCAUCAAAUCCUGCGCCGGCUUCUCCGUCCCCCCAGACACAGACUGGGAAGUCCGCCCCGAAGGCCUAGCCUGGGACAGAGAAUGGUGUCUAGUCCACCGCGGCUCUGGCCAGGCUCUCAGCCAGAAACGAUACCCCAAGAUGGCCCUUCUACGACCAAAUCUGGAUUUUACUAGGGGUGAAUUGCAAGUUACUUACGCCGGCGCAGGCGAGAUUCUAUCCAGUUCAGGUCCACCAUCAUCAAUAUCAGUCCCGCUGUCGAAAAACCCAAAGAUGAUUGUACCAAAGAAAUCCGGUACGGAUACCGAACAACGGUCGACGACACCUACCGAGGAAAGUCAGGGACCAAAGCCAAGAAGGAUAUUAUUGUCGAAUGAAAGUCCGAUUUUGGCGAUAACGACUACGAGCGUCGAUGCUCUCAAUGCGUCUGUUGCUGCUCUCAACCCGGAGGCACAAAGGGCGAUAUCGGAGGCGGUCUUUAGGGCUAAUCUUAUCUUUACCCCUUCUCAUUCCUCCUCCUCUUACGACCCAUCUUCUUCCCCGUCUUCUUCCCCGUCUUCCCCGUCUUCCCCUCUAAUCUCUGGUGAUGGCUUAAACCCAAAACUGAAACCCUACGAAGAAGAUACCUGGUCCUCUGUCCAUAUCGGCACCAACAAGCAUGGCUUCCAAAUGCUAGGUUCCUGCAGAAGAUGUCACAUGGUCUGCAUUGACCAAAAAAUGGGCGAGAAGAUUAGUGGAGGGGAACCGUUUGUUACGCUGAGCAAGACGAGGAGGUUUGAGGGUAAGGUGUUCUUUGGGGUUCAUAUGGGUUUGGCUGAGGAGGAGAAUGCUGGAAGUGGGAAGGUGGUGAAGGUUAGGGUUGGGGAUGUCGUUUUGCCCCAGGUCUGA